GCGGCGGAGUCGGGAAUCAAAACAAAGGGCCUGGGGGGGGGGGCGGGGGGAAGGUGGCGGGGUUGGAAUGUGAGCACCGGUGGAGCCCGCGGCCCAGGGUGGAAGAAUGAAAGGAAGGGAAGAUGGAAGAAUGUUGAAGCACUCCGUGGGGCUGUAUGAUGGAAGGAAAGGAAACCGAGGGCCCCUGCAGUAGAGCGCUUGGAUGGCUUCAACCAGACAAUGAUGCUAAGCCAUGGUUUUGGAAAUUCUCUAAUUGCUUCUCCCGUCCUGAGCAGACAUUGCCACGUAGUUCCCAAACGAAAGAGUCCAUGGAGAACAAGAAAGCUGCUGUGGAAUUAAAGGACGUCCCAUCACCCCUCCAUGCCGGCUCAAAACUUUUCCCAGCAGUUCCAAGUCCUGAUACUCAUCCUCUCCAGCAACGGAAAAUACAGCUUUCAACCGUCCCCCAAGUAAGCUGCUGUGCUCACUGCCCCAAUGAGCCAUCCACUUCGCCAAUGUGCCAUGGUGGUGGUGGUGGCGGCGGCUUGAUUCACGCAGGCGCACUCUUAGACUCUCACAGCACCAGGACAAUCACAUGUCAGGUGGGGUCAGGGUUUGCCCUCCAGUCUGCAUCUUCACUCCAGAAUGCCUCAGCCAGGAACACCUUGGCAGGCAUCACGAGUGACUUUCCCGGCAUGUGUCUCGAGAGUAAUCUGUCUUCCUGCAAGCACCUGUCCUGUUGUGGGAAGCUCCACUUCCAGCCCUGUCACAGUACCGUGCACAAGCUGUACCCAUGUCCGGCGCUCCAGGGCUGCACCUCUGCUGCCUACUUCCCCUGCUCUGAUUUCCCCGGCGGGGCUCCUGGGCUCCUGGAGGAGCCCCUCCCACAGCCCGAGCUGACACCUCACUUGUGCACCAGCUCUUUGCACCUGAAUGUGGUUCCUCCGGUGUGUUUAAAGGGCUCACUUUACUGUGAAGACUGUCUCGGCAAGCCGGCAAGAAAUAGUAUAAUUGAUGCUACUAAAGUCUGGCCAAAUAUACCACCUCCAAAUACUCAAGCGGCACCCCUUGCUAUUCCUCUGUGUAAUGGCUGUGGAACCCAGGGAACGGGGAAGGAGACCGCGUUGUUAUUGGCAACCAGCCUAGGCAAAGCUGCUUCAAAAUUCGGUUCACCCGAAGUUGGAAUAGCUGGGCAAGUGCUAGAAAACUUACCCCCGAUUGGAGUGUUUUGGGAUAUUGAAAACUGCUCGGUUCCCUCUGGCCGAUCAGCUACAACUGUUGUCCAGAGAAUCCGUGAGAAGUUUUUUAAAGGGCACAGAGAAGCAGAAUUCAUCUGUGUGUGUGAUAUCAGUAAAGAAAAUAAAGAAGUUAUUCAAGAGCUGAAUAACUGCCAGGUGACCGUUGCUCAUAUCAACGCUACUGCGAAGAACGCUGCUGACGAUAAACUCCGGCAGAGUCUCCGGAGGUUCGCAAACACUCAUACUGCUCCCGCCACUGUGGUUCUUGUGUCCACUGAUGUCAACUUCGCACUGGAGCUCAGUGACCUGAGACACAGACAUGGUUUCCACAUCAUUUUGGUGCAUAAGAACCAGGCCUCCGAAGCACUGCUGCACCAUGCUAACGAGCUGAUCAGAUUUGAGGAGUUCAUUUCUGACUUGCCCCCCCGGUUGCCACUAAAGAUGCCAUGCCACACUCUGCUGUACGUGUAUAACCUCCCGGCAAACAAGGAUGGCAAGAGCAUCAGUAACAGGCUCCGCCGCCUCUCUGACAACUGUGGUGGGAAGGUGCUGAGCAUCACCGGCUGCAGCGCCAUUCUCCGCUUCAUAAACCAGGACAGUGCCGAGAGGGCGCAGAAGCGCAUGGAGAAUGAAGAUGUCUUCGGCAAUCGGAUCAUUGUGUCAUUUACCCCGAAACACAGAGAACUCUGUGAAGCAAGGAAUUCAAACGCACUUGCUGAUAAAGUGAAGUCUCCCAAAAAGCUUAAGAAUCAAAAGCUGUGCCUCGUCAAAGACACAAGUGAACAACCUUCCAGUGCCAAAUCCACUCCAGGGAAAGGGUCACAAGCUCACUCCGGAUCUGCUACAAAAAACACCCAUGUGAAAAGUUUACAGGAGCUGUGCCGUGCGGAGUCCAAGUCAGGCCACCGCAACAGUGAGCACCAGCCCGCCGGGAGGCUGGCUGUCAUGUCCCAGCCCACCUCGAAAAGCUCAGGAGCGGCAGAGCCUCCUCACAGAGGUGGCCACAAGAAAGAGAGCCUUAGCGCCCGGAGUGUUAGCAGUUCCCCCAUAGAGAAGAAAGAGAAAGACCAGAUGGUCUUCCAAGUGAGCUACCCGUCGGCCUUCAGCAAGCUGAUCGUGUCAAGGAGUAUGUCUCCAAACCUUUUAAACAGAGCCUCCCCGCUUGCUUUCAAUGUUGCCAAUUCCAGCAGCGGAGCUGACUGCCUGGACCCUUUCGCAAAUGGUGCUGACAUCCAGGUCAGCAACAUAGACUACAGGCUGUCCCGGAAGGAGCUCCAGCAGCUCAUCCAGGAGGCGUUUUCUAGGCAUGGCAAGGUAAAGAGUGUCGAGCUCAGCCCCCAUACUGACUAUCAGCUCAAGGCCAUUGUCCAGAUGGAGAACUUGCAAGAAGCAAUCUGUGCAGUGAAUGGCCUCCACAGGUAUAAGAUAGGAAGCAAGAAGAUCCUCGUCUCACUUGCCACAGGAGCUGCUAAUAAAUCAUUGUCUUUACUGAGUGCAGAAACAAUAUCCAUCCUUCAGGAUGCCCCUGCCUGCUGUUUGCCACUUUUUAAAUUCACGGAUCUCUAUGAAAAAAAGUUUGGACACAAGUUGAAUGUGUCAGAUUUAUAUAAGUUAACUGACACAGUUGCAGUCCGUGAACAGGGAAGUGGGCGGCUGGUAUGCCUCUUGCCCAGCAGUCAGGCCCGCCAGAGCCCCCUGGGGUCUUCCCAGUCGCACGAUGGCUCCUCCACAAACUGCAGCCCAAUCAUAUUUGAGGAAUUGGAGUACCAUGAGCCUGUCUGCAAACGGCAUUGCUUGAAUAAGGACUUCAGUGAACAUGAGUUCGAUCCAGACUCGUACAAGAUUCCUUUUGUGAUUCUGUCUUUGAAGACAUUUGCGCCCCAAGUUCAUAGUCUACUCCAGACCCAUGAGGGCACUGUGCCUUUGUUAAGCUUUGCAGAGUGCUAUGCUGCAGAAUUUGGGGACCUGGAAGUAGUGCGGGCAAGCCACGGGGGCGUCCCCUUAGAGCACUUCAUCACCUGCAUCCCAGGUGUGAACAUCACCACUGCCCAGAAUGGCAUCAAGGUGGUCAAGUGGAUUCACAACAAGCCCCCACCCCCCAACGCUGACCCUUGGCUCCUGCGAUCUAAAAGUCCUGUAGGGAACCCACAGCUGAUCCAGUUCAGUAGAGAAGUCAUUGACUUACUGAAGAACCAGCCAUCUUGUGUCAUACCCAUUAGUAAUUUUAUCCCGUCUUACCACCACCAUUUUGCAAAGCAGUGCCGUGUUUCAGACUAUGGCUACUCCAAGCUGAUUGAGUUGUUAGAAGCAGUGCCUCACGUGCUGCAGAUUCUUGGCAUGGGCUCCAAGCGUUUGCUGACCCUCACCCACAGAGCCCAGGUGAAGCGCUUCACUCAGGACUUACUAAAACUUCUCAAAUCCCAGGCCAGCAAGCAAGUUGUUGUGAGAGAGUUCUCUCAGGCUUAUCACUGGUGUUUCUCCAAGGACUGGGAUGUCACAGAAUAUGGUGUGUGUGAGUUGACCGACAUCAUAGCAGAGAUUCCUGACACCGUCAUCUGCUUGUCCCAGCAGGACAAUGACAUGGUGAUUUGUAUCCCCAAAAGAGAGCGUACCCAGGAUGAGAUCGAGAGGACCAAGCAGUUCUCCAAGGAUGUUGUGGACCUGAUGCGGCACCAGCCCCACUUCCGCAUGCCCUUCAACAAGUUCAUCCCCUCCUACCACCACCACUUUGGCCGGCAGUGCAAACUCGCCUACUAUGGCUUUACCAAACUACUUGAACUUUUUGAAGCCAUACCUGAUAUCUUACAAGUGUUAGAGUGUGGGGAAGAAAAAGUCCUUACUUUGACAGAAGUGGAACGCUUCAAAGCUCUAGCUGCCCAGUUCGUUAAACUCCUGCGGUCCCAGAAAGAUAACUGCCUUAUGAUGACAGACCUCCUUACAGAAUACGCCAAAACGUUUGGGUACACGUUUCGUCUCCAAGACUAUGACGUCAGUUCAGUUUCAGCUUUAACACAGAAGCUCUGCCAUGUGGUCAAGGUUGCUGACAUUGAAUCUGGCAAACAGAUUCAGCUCAUCAACCGGAAGUCUCUGCGGUCCCUCACCGCCCAGCUGCUGGUGUUGUUGAUGUCCUGGGAAGGAGCCACCCAUCUUUCUGUGGAUGAGCUCAGGAGACAUUAUGAAACCACACAAGGAGCUCCUCUCAACCCCUGUGAAUAUGGGUUCAUGACUCUGACUGAGCUGCUGAAGAGCCUGCCUUACUUGGUUGAGGUUUUUACAAAUGAGAAGACAGAAGAGUACGUGAAGCUCACGAGUCUGUAUUUAUUUGCAAAGAACGUGCGGUCUCUGCUUCACACGUACCACUACCAGCAGAUCUGCCUUCACGACUUCGCCAUGGCCUAUGCCAAGUAUGUUGGGGAGACACUGCAGCCCAAGACCUAUGGCUUUGGCAGCGUGGAAGAGCUCUUGGGCGCCAUUCCCCAGGUGGUGUGGAUAAAAGGACACGGUCAUAAGAGAAUCGUAGCACUAAAAAAUGACAUGAAGAGCAGGCUAGGCUCACUCAGCCUCUCCCUCACCGGUCACGAAAACCUGCAGGCGGACAACGAGGGAAUCCCGGAGAUGCCCAGACCAUGUCCUGCCCCAGAACGGCAGCCCAAAGCAGGGCCCAGUGAAACAGAGCAGGAGCUUCUCCACCUGGCCAGCAGCUCCCCCGUGGACCUUCUGUGCGCACCUGUCCCUUCAUGCCUGCCGUCCCCUCAGCUGAGACCAGACCCCGUGGUCCUGCAGCCUGCCGACCUCAUUCAGUUCGAGGAGCGCCCUCAAGAGCCUUCUGAAAUUAUGAUUUUAAACCAAGAAGAAAACAUUGAAAUCACAGUACCAGUAACGAAGGAAAAGCUGCCCUCUGGUUCCAGCCCAUUCUGCACCCCAGCAGCUCCCCCAGUGUCCCCCAGCCCCUCCUUGGACACCCUUGAGCCACAGCUUGGCAGAGACCCUAUGGAAAGCCCAGCCAAAAAGCAGCCACCCAAAAACAAAGUCAAAUUGGCAGCCAACUUCUCCUUUACCCCUGUCACCAAGCUCUAACCCCCAUCUGAAUGGAGGGUUAGCAUGGGGACAAGGUCUGAUUCUGCACACACAUGGGCUCAAAAAGCGACCUUUUCUGUUUCUGGGGGGCCCCUUCCCAGCGUGGCCCACCUGCUCCCUCGCUCUCGCUCUGAGCACAGCUGCAGCUGGCAUUUUUCUUUUUCUUCUUUCCAAUUAUUUGAAAAAUUCCGGCAUUUCUUAAAGAAUCCUUCCAUGUAUUUUACCAAAUCUCCUGUAACUCUGAAUGCUGUGGUGGCAGAGGGGGCAGCGAGCCCUCAGCCAGUGGGAGGCAGUCCGCAAUGAGCCGGCCCUGGGUUGCACCCCUCGGCACCGGGGAGCCUGCAUCGUGCUCGCUGGCGCGGUGUCCCCGCGCGCUGGCACUCUGCACCUAAUGCACUGAGUGGCUCUGAAGCAGAGCCUGUCCCCGGUGCGAGGAGGGUGGGGAGGAGCCCACGUCUUCAGGGAGCGAGAGGAAGGUUCCUGGCGUCCCUGCAGCUUGGUGUGUGUGUGUCGCUUGUUUUUGUUUAACUAUGUCUGUAGUCGAUAAGUAUGUGGCUUCAUCACAGAUUUUUUUAAGUGUUUCCAUCUUGGGGUUCCAUUUAGGAGCUUUCUAGAAAGUGGAGGGUGUUUUAAGCUUCUCUUCCGCACUCAGUUCCAGUGUGCUAUGGAUCAGGUUAAGGAGAAGGAGACGGUCUUGGUGUCAUAGAUUGAAAGUCAGCGUUUGGAUUACAGCACACAUAACUGUGUGUCGAGAGGCAGUAAUAAUGAGAGUCUGAUUUUCUAAACUAUGCAUUGGAUGCAUAAAUCACAAAUCAGAGUGGAGCGGUGAGCGGGAUCCACACCGUGUCCACUAGGAAGAGUCCGGAAAGCUAUCGGUACAAGUUGAAGGCCAAGGUUGAUGAGCUUAACCUUGUUUUUGUCACUUUUCAAGCUGGUUUUGGGCAGCUGGGAAGCUCUGUGCGAAGACGUGCGUGUCUGUCUGUUGGAUAAGCACCUUUUAAUAGUGUGUCUGUCUCUACCCCUGUUACUUCUCGCCGUUGGAAGCACGUUUGAGAUUGGCAGUGUCUGCUGUUGGUAUGGGGCUACUGCCCUGUGGAAUGGCCUUCCUCUCUGGGUGCCUGAGCUGUCCACUUGUAGGUAGCCUCUCAUCCCUGCCGGAGAACCUGGCAUUUACAAUGGGUUGUAUUUGUCAGGCAAAGAAGGCCUUGGGUCUUCCACUAGUAAGGUCUUCCACUAGCAAGAUGGUUUCUUUGGGGGAAAUGUUUGUAUUUUUGUAACUUCUAGAAAGCCAGGAAAUGGAGUCUGAUUGUGUGAGCCAGCAUUUUGAUGAAAUGCCACAAAAUAAGGGCUGCAGAGAGAUUUUUUUUUACAAGCUAGGUUUUUGUUCCCCAAAUCUUUCCAAUGAAGCUGGUGAUUCUCAGUUCUCAACCUGUGGCCCCAGUCAAGAUGGAAGCCCGUGGGAGGACGGUCCAAGCACAGCGGCCCUCCCUCCCGGGAUCCUGACGAGGGCCGUGGCACUACAGACAUAGGUGGCAGGAAGUAGAAUGUGUGGUGUGUGGAAGGCGCUUUUAGACGGUGUGGCAGAAUCAGUGUUGAGAGCGGCCAUUGCCUUACUGAGACCUCCUGAGGUGGGGUUCGCACACAUGGACUUGAGGGUUGUUUGCCUUCGUGGGACGGAGUGUGGCCUGUGUGUGCUGGGUGUCCCUGGCAAGCCCCCCGGGCUGCUGGCACUGCCUGGGAUGUGAGUGUGCCGACUGGCGUGGCGGCGGAGUGUGGGAUGGAGCGUGACCACCGAUUGCUGUGUAAAGUGUGAGAUGGCAGCAGGAGCUGGCCGUGGGGUUGCUGAGCUCCCUGGUGGCCAGGCCGGUCGCUGUCUAUUUUUUUAUUCAGAGGCAUAAUUAAGUGAUAGGCGAUGAUGUGUGGCUUUGGGACAGUGGGACGCUUGAUCUCGGUGGAAAGCUGCACCAGAUGAGACAGAUGUCACAGCCCCCUCUCCCAUCAUGCACUGUUUGUGGUGGAUCGAGCUUGAGGGAAAGAGAUGUUUUUCUUAACCAUCUCUUUUGUUUGGACACUUUUUUUUUUUUUGUGGUUCAAGUGCUGUUUUGUGUGUUGGGACCAAACAGUUGUCAAUAAACUUCACAAGCAAGCA